AUGGCCCAACACCACCCGCGCUGUAAGCGGCCCGCUAAUGCACGGCUGAACCCAAUAGUCACCUUGCAGAGCUCGUAUCGGUGUUUCGCGCAGCAUCCCAUCAAAUCCACCGUCUUUGGCAUCGGUCCACCACCAUCACCUGAAUUCUCCACGGCAAAGGCAAACGUGGCAAAGGGGCCGGACCAUUCUGCCUGGACUGGCGUGGCAUGCAAACUGGACACGCCCGCAGCCCCCGCAAGACUCUUCCCUCGAACAAGCUAG